AUGGAAAAAGGAAACCAAACUUUUGUGGCUGAAUUUAUCUUGCUGGGACUGUCACAGAAUCCAAAGGUUCAGAUCUUGUUGUUCUGUGUUUUCCUGAUCAUUUAUCUUCUCUCUGUAUUUGGGAACCUUCUCAUAAUAAUCCUUAUCAAAACAGAUUCUCGACUUCACACUCCCAUGUACUUUUUCCUUAAAAACUUGUCCUUUGCUGACUUCUGUUUCUCUACAAGCAUUGUUCCCCAGAUGUUAGUCCACUUCCUUACAAAGAAGAAAACCAUUUCUUUUGCUGGAUGUUCAGUGCAGAUAGUUGUCUUCCUCCUCGCAGGGUGUACAGAGUGUGCCCUGCUGGCUGUGAUGUCCUAUGACCGCUAUGUGGCUGUCUGCAAACCCCUGCACUACUCCACCAUCAUGACUCAGAGGGUUUGUGUCCAGCUGGCUGUCGUGUCCUGGAUCACUGGGGCAUUUGUAUGUUCUGUGGACAGUGCCUUUACACUCUGUCUUCCCUACCGGGGACAAAAUGUAAUUAACCAUUAUUUUUGUGAACCUCCCGCACUCCUGAAGCUGGCUUCUACAGACACCUACCAGGCCGAGAUGGCCCUCUUUUCAAUGGGAGUGGUGAUCCUCUUAGUUCCUGUCUUCCUUAUUCUUGUCUCCUACUGGUAUAUUAUCUCCACUGUGAUGCGGAUGCAGUCUGGUGAGGGAAGAAUCAAGGUCUUCUCCACCUGUGGUUCCCAUCUCACUGUUGUGAUUCUCUACUAUGGCUCUGGAAUAUUUGCCUACAUGAGACCCAAUUCUAAGGUAAUGAGUGAAAAGGAUAAAGUAAUCUCUGUGUUCUAUUCCGUUAUGACUUCCAUGUUGAAUCCAAUCAUUUACAGCCUCAGGAACAAGGAUGUGAAGGGAGCUUUCAAGAAGCUGACUGGAAGAUAA